AUGGCUUCCGAAAUCAAGGAGAAACAGUUAGCUUCAGGCAUCAAGAUUUCAAUAACGAAAAGACUUCCGAAUCCGUCUUCUACCGUUCCUGACGCCACAGCAAAUGUGCAGCCUUCAACCCAAAGCAAAGCUCGUCAGCCCAAAUCAUUUCCACUACCAAAAGCUCCCACCAAGAGUCAAUCGUCUGUAAAUCCUUCAGCUGUAUCUGUGUCAGAACCUGUAGUUGCAGCGAGCUCGAAUACAGUAGCUCCCAACGGGGCAGCAACACCAUCAACAUCAACAUUAGCAGUUCCAGCUGCUAGAUCUUUACGGCCAGUAGUCGCAAGAACACCUGUAGCUAGACCGACUAAUAUAGGCCUGGCUCAAAAGCUAGAAUCGGCUGAAACUCCCCUUGAAAAGGCUGCUUUGAUACGAGAUGUGGAAAUGGUGCAGCUUCAAAAGAGGUUUCCAAAGGGAAUAACGGACACUGAACGGUUUACUUUCUCUAUGGCUCCUUCAGAUCCCGAUUUUCCAUUCGAUCUGGAAUCCAUUGAUCUAGCGCUGAAUAUCCCACGUACUUACCCGAUAACACCAGCAACACUGGUCGUAAACUCGACCAUAAUACCCCAGCAUCUCAUCAAGGCCGUAUCCUUAGGCUGGAAUCGCAAAGCAUCAGUCAGUACCAGCAUGCAGGAUAAAAAUCGAUUGACACUGCUGCAGCUCGUGAAUUGGUUGGAUGUAAAUUUAGAGAGAUUGCUGAUUGGACGGGAAGAGCCAGCGCCCAAGCUGAUCGUUGUCAAUCAUAAGAGUAGGCAGGCUGAUGUGGUUGAUGAUGGCUUGACCACGACGACUGACAUAGAUAAUGUGGCCAGUCAGGGCACAGAAUCUAGUGAUUCUCAAUCUGAAUCGUCGUCCGAUUCACAGACUGAAGAUGGUGAUGGUACUGGCGAGCAGUCUACUGCGAAUGAAGAAGGUCAAAUCACUGGUACAGCUCAUAGAGGAACUCAGAUACGAUUUAUAUUACCGACAUUAACGAAUAUUGCCCUGCUACGAACCUCAACAAUACAACUCCUCACCACCUGCCAUAAAUGCCACAUCCAGAUACCAAUAACUAUAAACUCGACACAAUUCAAUCAAGACGUAUGGUGGACUUGUAAUAGAUGCUCGUCUGAUGUAGGAUGCAGACUCAGGCCGACGUAUUGUUUUGCAGGUGAAUCAAACCUCGGAUAUAUAGAUCUACAUGAUAUUGGCGUAUCCGAUGUGCUUACAUCAACGUAUAUCGCUACAUGUGGUACAUGUGAUAGUACUAUAGUCUUCAAAAACCAGACACGUGGUGGGCUAGUCACACAUACAUGUGAGCAAUGUCAUUCAAAACUGACGUUGGGGAUUGAUGAAGUCAAGUUUGUGAAAUUGCAGGCUGCUGUGUUGAGCAAGACAUCUGCAUCGAGUGUUUUGCCUCAAAAGAAGAAGAAGAGGGUUAAAGAUGAUGUGAAUUUGGUUGUUGGUGAGCCGCUUCCAAAGACUGGGAACUGCAGCCACUAUAAGCACUCGCAUCGAUGGUUUAGAUUUGCGUGUUGUGGACGUCUAUAUCCAUGUGAUUUAUGCCACGAGGAACAAAAUCCAGAUGGUCAUGAAAUGGUGUUUGGUUCUCGUAUGGUCUGUGGAUAUUGUUCUCGUGAGCAACGAGUUGGGAAUGAAUGUGUAUGUGGGAAAUCAGUUACUAGAAUACGUGGGACUGGCCAUUGGGAAGGUGGUCAAGGAACGAGGGAUCGUACUCUUAUGAGUCGCAAUGAAUCGAGAAAGUUUGCUGGAUUGAGCAAAACAACGUCCAGGAAAUCCAGAAAGUAG